CUCUACCCGCCGUCCUCCGCUCCGCUACGCGCCACGCUCCGCCGCGCCUCCAAACAAACUCUCUGGCACGGCGGCCCUUUGCCGCGGCGAGAAGCGUUCUCGUCCUCGCGGAAGUACCCGGUGCCUGCGGCCUGCCCGCGGUGCGCGGCCGUCGGGUCGCCGAUAAGCCCUCGCGCCGAUAGCGCAGCGGACUCGCGGCCACCCGUCCAGGGCGUCGGGCGCUUGUCGCCGCUUCGGGCGGAGUGUUAUUUUUAGUGUAAUGUGGUUGUGAGCUUCGGCGAAAAAGGCCUUCAAAAUGACUGGGCGUAGAAAGAAACGUCAAGAGACGAUAGCACAGAAAGUUUCGUCCUUGAUGAGCUUGGACAAGGUGAACGGCGGCGGCUCGACGUGCGUCCAGGAUGGCGAGUACGAGUACGAGGAGAUCGCCCUGGAGCGCGGCGGCGCGGGCCUCGGCUUCUCCAUCGCGGGCGGCACGGACAACCCGCACAUCCCGGAGGACCCCUCCAUCGUCAUCACCAAGCUGAUCCAGGGCGGCGCCGCGUCCGCCGACGGCCGCCUCCGCGUCAACGACGCCAUCCUGUCCGUCAAUGACACGUCGGUGGUGGGCGUGCCGCACUCGGCGGCCGUGGAGGCCCUCAAGAAGGCCGGCAACCACGUCAGGCUGCACGUGCGACGGCGCAAGGUGCCGCCACACAUGCGCGUCCUGGAGCUGGAGCUGGUGAAGGGCACCAAGGGCCUGGGCUUCUCGAUCGCGGGCGGCAUCGGCAACCAGCACAUCCCCGGCGACAACGGCAUCUACGUCACCAAGGUGAUGGAGGGCGGUGCCGCGCAGGUGGACGGCCGGCUGGCGGUCGGCGACAAGCUCAUCGCCGUGCGCAACUCGAACCAAGGCGAGCGCAACCUGGAGAACGUGACCCACGAGGAGGCCGUGGCCACGCUCAAGUCGACGACGGACCGCGUGGUGCUGCUCAUCGGCAAGACGGAGCUGUCGAGGCCGGCGUCGACCACGUCGCACCACUCCCACCAGACCGUCGGGGAGGUGUACGCCCCUCCGCCCGCCACCCCCGUGACAGCCGCGCCGUCGCCCACCCCCGCGGCGGUGGCCCCGGCACCAGUCGUCACCCCCCUCGCCGUCAUCGCCCCUCCGCGGGUCGCGUCGCCCGUCAACGCCGCGCCCGCGCCCACGCCCACCUCGCGGGGCCCGUCGCCCGGCCAGACCAAGAAGCCCGUCGUCGGGGAGGACGCAACGACCAGGGAGCCGCGGACCGUGACGCUGCACAAGAACGACACCGGCCUGGGCUUCAACAUCGUGGGCGGCGAGGACGGCGAGGGCAUCUUCAUCUCCUUUAUCCUGGCCGGCGGCCCGGCCGACUUGAGCGGGUCCCUGCACCGCGGCGACCAGAUCGUGAGCGUCAAUAACGUGAACCUGAAGAACGCCACGCACGAGGAGGCGGCCCAGGCGCUCAAGAGUGCGGGCAACACGGUGACGCUGGCGGUGCAGUUCCGGCCCGAGGAGUACAACCGCUUCGAGGCCAAGAUCCACGAGCUGAAGCAGCACAUGGCGCAGCAGGCCGCGCCCACGGGCACGCUGCUCAGGACGUCGCAGAAGCGGUCGCUCUACGUCCGGGCCAUGUUCGACUACGACCCCAACAAGGACGACGGGCUGCCGAGCCGGGGGCUGCCCUUCCACUACGGCGACAUCCUGCACGUGGUGAACGCCAGCGACGACGAGUGGUGGCAGGCCAGGCGGGUCAUCGUGGCGACGGGCGAGGAGCACGGCAUCGGCAUCAUCCCCAGCAGGCACCGCUGGGAGCGCAAGCAGCGCGCCCGCGACCGCACUGUCAAGUUCCAGGGCCACAUGCCCGUCCUCAUCGACAAGCAAUCCACCCUUGAUCGUAAAAAGAAGAACUUCAGUUUCAGUCGUAAAUUUCCAUUCAUGAAGAGUAAAGACGACAAAUCAGAGGAUGGUUCGGAUGCUGAACCCUCACCUUCCACUCCCAACAGUGAGGGAGACCCAGCAAGUGCCCCAUUCAUGCUCUGCUAUGCACAAGAAGAGGCAACUUCUGAAGGUAUAACCAUAAACAACAUUUAUCCAAUUGAAUUUCUUGUCGGGACAGAGGAGCAGGUGUUGUCAUAUGAGCCGGUGCAGCAGCAGCAGAUCUCUUACACUCGCCCUGUCAUAAUCCUGGGGCCACUGAAGGACCGCAUCAAUGAUGACUUAAUAGCUGAAUUUCCAGACAGAUUUGGAUCUUGUGUUCCACACACUACGAGAGCAAUGCGAGAACAUGAGGUUGAUGCGAGAGACUACCAUUUUGUGAGCUCAAGGGAGGAAAUGGAGAGAGAUAUUCAAAACCAUCUUUUCAUUGAAGCAGGGCAGUACAAUGAAAAUUUGUAUGGCACCUCUGUUCAAUCUGUGAGAGAAGUUGCUGAAAGUGGAAAGCACUGUAUUCUUGACGUUAGUGGCAAUGCAAUUAAACGUCUUCAAGUGGCUCAACUGUACCCAAUUGCUAUCUUUAUCAAGCCUAAAUCACUUGAAUCUGUCAUGGAAAUGAAUAAAAGGAUGUCAUAUGAACAAGCAAAGAAAACUAUGGAAAGAGCAUACAAAAUGGAGUCAGAAUUCGGAGAAUACUUUACUGGCAUUGUUCAAGGUGAUACACCUGAAGAAAUUUAUCUGAAAGUGAAGGAAGUAAUCAGUCAGAAUUCAGGCUCAACAAUCUGGGUUCCUCAUCGUGACCAACAACUGUGACAAAGGUCUCCCACACCAAGCUCUUGAGGCUUGGUUUACGCCACACUGGGGAAGCCCAUAGUGGUGGCGUAUGACAAAUCCCCAAGGAAGACAUAGACACUAUCCAUAGGCAUGGUGUUUAUUACUAGGGAUUGCCAGUGUUGUGUGUGUGAGCGUGGUGACAGUGCAUCCGAACAUUGAAAGACUUCUGUUUAGCUAAUUUUAUUGUUAUUUGAAUGAAAUUCUUUGUUCCGUUAUUUGCUUUCAGUUGUAUUGGACAAAGAUAUUUGUGACAUUCAAGUUUGUUCUAUGACCUUUUUUGUCUUGAACAUAUUUCCCACCAUGUAAGCUUGUGCAGCAAGAUUGCAUUUUUUGAUAGUGUAACAUCAUUCCAUGGAGCAGAAGGCACUAUUUCAUUUGCCUUGGUCUUGUGCCUUUAUACAUACACUUGGAUGCGUGGCAGAAAUUUUUAGAUGGCCAGGAGAUGCUCUAGUUGCAAUGUGUUGAGCUCUUCAUUGAAACAGUGAGUGUAUUGUAGAGUAAUUUUACUGCUGAGGUGUCAGUUUUGUGUGCAAAGUGCUCAUUCGUCCCCUCACUGUUAUGUGCUUUGAACAUCUUUUUCUGCCUGCUUUUUUACAUGUCUGACAUUGUCUGCAGGAGAUCUGCUUUGAAGAUUUUAUUGUUAUUAACUUUAAAACAAAUUUAUAAUAUUCCAGGCUGUUAUUUUUCUGUAAUUGUUUUACCUUAACUUCAUGUGUCUUAAUAUCUGUUUCAUUGGCUUCCAGUCUAGAAUAUUUUAUAUUGUCUACCUUAAACUAUUGUUUUUAACUAGUCUGGUGUUUUGUUUUUCAGUCGCUCAACUGAGUCAAAUGAGUCACAUCUAUAUGGUGGGGUUCAGAGGUGAAUAAGAGUGAAUUUGGGGAAAGCUUAUCUUUUCAAAUACAUAUUGUGCCAAAGCUAUGCCCUCACCUUAUUACAGUGAGUCUCUAUGUUGAUUUUACAGCAAAUGUUAUGCAAAAUAGGUGUUCUCUUUGUGAAAAGGCCUCCAAUCUUGGCCUUUUGCUUUAAUUUUGCAUACAUAUUCUCUUAGUAUUCAGGUUGGCUUUAUUUUAUUCGUAAUACAGUUUAAGAGUUAAGAAGUGUCAAAAGAAAGGGAGGGGGAGGGGGGUGCAUUGUUGCUUUCAGCUGAGCUUUCCUGGAACAUAAGUAUUUUAACUGUCAUUUCAAAAUUUAUUUUGUCUUGUUAAAUAUAAAUGAGCAAACCUACCGGUAAUUGGUUGUCACAUCCAUUUAAAUCCUUGUUCCCAUUGCUAUCUGGUUAGAACGGUUGAACUCUGAAUAUCAGCUGCGUCUUGUGAUUGAAGUGUCAUUUUGAACUUUUCAAAUUCUCUCACAAAUAGGCAUUUUGCAAUCAAGUUCAUGAUGACAGUUCAAAAUUUUGGUCUGUUUUCAAAUUUAUGAUUGAAGCGAGUUUCCCACCGUUUGAUUUGUAUUUUAGUACUUACAGUUCUCACUUCUUCACUUUAAAGAAAAAAUGAUUGUAAUGAAUUAUCCUGUCUUGGGAAAGUUAAUUUGAAAUUCUAUUGCAGAACACAUCUGUGUUGGGCUUGGAAGACGUAAAAUUUCAAGUACUUUCAUGAGAGAAAAGAGCAUAAAGUUGCUCCUCUAUGUAGUUUUAUAAUACACCUUUACCAAUUUUGAUUGAUUUUAUUCAUUCAUUCUUAACUGUUCAAUUGAUGAUGUAGGUAACAGUCUCCUACUACUUAUUGAGAUGUGUUCUGUAGGUUAUGCGGCACUAUACAUACACUGAUGAUCAUUUGUAUGUUGUUUUGUACUACUUAGUACAUUGAUUAGCACGAGUUUGUACAUGCCUUUAGUCGGUUGCCUGCCUUAGCACCUAAAGUAUGUUGCUGUUGUACAGUCUACUCUGUAAAUAAGUCUUGACUAAGAAUUGGUGACAUGUUUUCACAAUGUUCAUAUUUCAUAACUAAUGUCAUAAUGAGAAGAAAUUUUUAGAUAUUUACAGUAAAUGUUGCAUCAUGUUAAAUCAUUUUAUUUAUUUUCAUAGGUAUUUCUUGUUGAUACUUUUAUGUGUGCAUGUAGAGAAGAGCACAUUUUAGUUCAUAUUUGUCUACCCUUUAAUAAUUAAGGCAAGAUGAACUAAGCCAACUGUGUUUUACAUAUGUUACAUAUUUUUGUUUUAUGUCUAAGUUUUACAAUAAUUUAUUUGAAGGGAGUCUAAGCCCGGACCCAAGAUCUGUUCAGGCAUUUUGAACUGGAUUUGUGGCAAGGCACAGAAAUGUGGUGUAUAUCAAUAAUGAACUAGUAAUGUUAAUGUUUCAUUGCUUGACUUUCUCAAUCCUGUCUCACAUUCAAUAAGCCGUUUCGCUGAAUCCAGUUUUGAAAUGUUGAAAAUUUAACUGCCAUCUACUCUUUUAAGGAUUGAAGGAUACAAAUCUCGAUGGAAGUGACCAUGAUAUUAUAUCAUGAAAGCGAUGUGUGAAAAUCAGUUUUGAAUCUAAUUUUCAGUGCAGAAGCAACAUAGAUCUUUUCGUGAUUCAUCUUAAUAUGGUCCAAGUUUGAGUUACAAUUUAUAUCUUAAUCAGCAAUAUUACCGAAUGUUACUUAAUGAAUUGGGUGGGUGUAAGUAGCUGCUCAAAAACUACAGUUAGGAUUUAUUAGGUAAAGACAGUUCUCUCUCUUUUCUGAUUCAGAAGCUUUGUUGCUUAAACCCCUCCAGCAAAAUCUUGGAAUAUUCUGAAUUGUUGAAUGUUAAAUACAAUUUUUAAGAUUAUAUCCAUAACAACCCCUCAGCUGUGAACAAGACAGUUGACUUAUCAGCCAACGAUUACUGAUUGUAAAGAAAUGGCAAUUCAAAGUAUAACUUAGAAAGAAAUGAAAGUUCAAGGAGUUGAAUUUGCUUCAGAGGCUUUGCUGCCAUGUUCCCUACAUCUUGCCAAACCAUGUAAUUGUGCUGUAUCUCAGUCCACUACCUGAAAAAAUCUACUCUGGGCAACUAUCCUAUUUGAUAGGCACAUUGGACAUUUGUUCCUUAAGCAUAUCCUGAUUUUUAAUAAUAGUGAAACCUCUAGAAUGGCUUUUCAAUGUAUUUUCAGUAUAUCUCCUUACAGUCAAAUUUGCCUACCUGAAACUCCCUUCAGGUUUUACAAACUGGCUCAAUAUACCAUAUGCCAUGAGAUUUUGAUCUAAAGUUGAGGAAAUGUCUGAAUAGGUUAAGAUUUGACAUUGUACUGAUGUGUGAUCGUGUGACAUCGUUAAGUGACUUGUUUAAGAUUGGCAUUUAAUCGGUUUGGAAUGAGAGUAAUUUAACAUUUUUCAACGUUGUUGUUUGUAUAAGCCAAUAAAAUGUGAUCCCUUUCUGUGGCAAAAUGCCAUGUUUUCUCUUACUGACUUUGUUCAUGGUCUGUGUUUUCAACUGUCUGUUCUGUUAUCUCUCUUAAUUCUCAUUAUUGUCCAUGUUUGUAGACUUCUUGUUGUCAAUAUGAGAGGCAUUUCAUGUUUUGCUUACUGUUCAACCACCUUGUGAGUACAAUGAAACUCUUUAGGAGGAAGACAGUUUGUAUCAUUCUGACAUCACAAAACUUGUGUAGACUUUGUCCACAUUUUGAUUUAUUUCAAUUCAGUUUUCCUUACCAGCAAAUUUGUGGACACAAUUUCAAAUCUCAUGAUGGUGUUCACUAACCAACCCUAUCACUCACACUCCUCAUUUGAAAAUUGCCUGCACAUAGGAAAGUUAGUAAUAGCCAGGACCAUGUUUCUCUGGAUGUAUUUAGUUUAUGAUACUACCUUCACUAAGACUUAACUACGAUUUUUCAGAAUUCAAUUAAAAUAUUUUCUCCCAUGAUAAGAGCAGAGGUGAAGGUGCUGGUGUAUGGUUUUCAUUGAAUGAUGUUUAUUUUAAUUGCACUGUAGCACUGAAUUGCUGUGGUAUCAGAAAGGAAUAUGAAGAUGGUUUUAUUUUGAAUCCUGAUACUUUCUCAGAAUGUUGAGUUGCUGAACACCAGAAAAUGUUUUUCAUUCACUUUUCUUUCAUGUCCUCCACUGUCUUUUCAUUUUCAUCUAUGUUUUGUUAUCCACUUUCUCAAUGCUUAUGUUGUGCUGAAAGUUGAGUGUGGAUUAAUAAACUAGCCGAAGUCUGAGUACUUUGGGGCUGAGCAAAUGAA